UUGACCGGUGGUGUUGGAAGUGUAGGAGGUGCUUGCUUUGUUGCGAUGCCCGAGCCGGCGAAGUCUGCUCCAGCGCCCAAGAAGGGCUCCAAAAAGGCAGUGACCAAGACGCAGAAAAAGGGUGACAAAAAACGGCGUAAGAGCCGCAAGGAGAGCUAUUCUAUCUACGUGUACAAAGUGCUGAAACAGGUGCAUCCUGACACGGGUAUUUCGUCUAAAGCCAUGGGUAUCAUGAAUUCUUUCGUCAACGAUAUCUUUGAGCGUAUCGCUGGCGAGGCCUCGCGCCUGGCACACUACAACAAGCGCUCCACUAUCACUUCUCGGGAGAUCCAAACGGCUGUGCGGCUCCUGUUGCCGGGUGAGCUGGCUAAGCACGCGGUUUCCGAGGGCACCAAGGCUGUCACCAAGUACACCAGUUCUAAGUAAGGUGUCUGUACUCCUUG